ACCCAUCACAGUCACCGCUGUCGUUACCAAGUUUAGAUCCGCAUCACAGGGCUCACGAUGGGUCGACUUUUGACGUUCGCGUGCUGCAAUUUGAACCAAUGGGUCCUCGACUGGGAGGGAAACCGCAAGAGGAUCGUGGAGAGCAUCAAAGUUGCCAAGGAGCGCGGUGCUGGAUUUCGCACUGGACCAGAACUUGAAAUCACUGGUUAUGGUCUGUUAGAUCACUUCCUUGAGGGUGACACGUAUCUGCAUGCGUGGGAGCAGUUGGCCAUCAUCCUUCAAGAUGAGUCGAUACAUGGCAUCAUCGCCGAUAUUGGCAUGCCCGUCAUGCACCGCAACAACCGGUACAACUGCCGUGUCAUCAUUCUCGACGGCAAGAUCUUGUUCAUCCGACCAAAGCUUUACCUCGCCAAUGAUGGAAACUACAGGGAGAUGAGGCAUUUUAUCCCAUGGAACCGCCCUCAGCACCACGAAGAGUACUACCUUCCUCAGUUCAUCCAGAAGCUACAAGGCUCCACCAAAGUACCAAUCGGAGACAUGGUCCUCUCCACACCUGACACAUGCAUUGGUAUGGAAACUUGUGAGGAGCUCUUCACGCCGUUGUCGCCUCACCUGGCUAUGUCGUUGAACGGCGUUGAAGUAAUCACGAACUCCAGUGGCUCCCACCAUUCGCUUAGAAAGCUUAAUGCUAGGAUUGCCUUGAUACAAGAAGCUACACGGAAGUCGGGCGGUGUGUACCUCUACUCAAACCAGCAAGGUAUGGAUGGCGACCGCUUGUAUUAUGAUGGUUGUGCGAUGAUCAUCAUCAACGGUGAGAUCAUCCAGCAGACAUCGCAAUUCAGUCUCAACGAUGUCGAGGUUUGCGUCGCCACAGUCGACAUCGAGGACGUCAGAUCUUACCGCUGCACGCCCUCGAGAGGUAUUCAGACUCUCACAGCACCAACAUACGAGCGUGUUGAGACUUCGUUCUCCAUCGGCAAAGACGAUGAUUCGACUGAUCCAACCCUGGCUCCUAGCCCUCGACAAGAGCUGAAGACACACGCUCCCGAGGAAGAAAUCUACCUGAGUGGGUCUUGCUUCCUCUGGGACUACCUGCGACGUUCUAACCAGGCGGGCUACCUAAUCCCACUAUCCGGUGGUAUCGACAGCUGCUCGACAGCGGUGCUGGUCUAUGGCAUGUGCAACGUCGCCUUUGAAGCACUCCAAGCAGGCAAUGCACAAGUAAAGGCCGAUAUCCAGCGCAUCGCAGGCCCUGGCGAAGCAGAAGGCUGGUUGCCAAAGUCGCCUCAAGAGCUCUGCUCAAAAGUCUUUUCAUCCGUCUUCAUGGGCAUGGCCAAGCAAUCAUCCAAAGAAACUCGCAGCCGCGCCGAGCGUCUGUCGCACGAUAUCGGCGCUCAACACACAGACCUAGACAUCGACUCGAUCUUCGAAGCCUUCAAAGGCGUCCUCACCAAAGCUACCGGUCACGAACCAGCCUUCAAAGUCCAUGGUGGCACCCACGCCGAGAAUCUUGCGCUGCAAAACAUCCAAGCACGCUCUCGCAUGGUGCUCAGCUACAUCUUUGCGCAGCUCCUGCCAACCGUACGCCAGCGACCUAACGGCGGCUCCCUACUCGUCCUAGGCUCCGCCAACGUUGAUGAGGCCCUGCGCGGCUACUUCACCAAGUACGACUGCUCUUCCGCAGACAUCAAUCCCAUCGGCGGUAUCUCAAAGACCGAUCUCAAGCGCUUCAUCGCCUGGGCCGAAACUCGCCUUUCGCUGCCCAUCCUGCGAGAGUUCCUCGACGCCACCCCGACCGCCGAACUCGAGCCCCUGACCGAGGACUACGUGCAAUCCGACGAGGUCGACAUGGGCAUGUCGUACGCCGAGCUCUCUGUCUUCGGUCGCCUGCGUAAGAGCCACAAACUCGGACCAUAUGGCAUGUUCCAGCGCCUGGUGCACGAGUGGAAGGACCUGCACGAGCCGCGUGUGGUUGCCGACAAGGUCAAGCGUUUCUACCACUACUGGGCUAUCAACAGACACAAGAUGACUACCAUCACGCCGAGUCUGCACAUGGAAGACUACUCACCUGAUGACAACCGGUUUGAUCUGAGGCCAUUUUGCUAUCCGAGCUUUUGGUCGAGCUGGAGCUUCAAGAAGAUCGACGAAGCGGUGGAGAAGAUGGAGAAGCGGAAGCAGACUGCGGCUGCCUAGAGACUUUCAGAAGCUGCUCUCUGCAGUGAUGCUGUUCAUGUAGAAACUUAGGAUUUGUGUGCCUUAAUGCCGAAUAGAAAGAGCGCAAUA